UAAUAUGACAUUUUUUAAUAAGACAAAUACACUUCCUUAGAUUUUUGCAGUGUUGUCUUUCCUAUAUGUCGUAUUUCUGAAAUGUUUUUGUUUUUGACCUUUCAGGGCCACCAUAGACCGUAGGCAAUAUAAGCAACAUCUCGUUUUUUCUGGCCUUGUUGCCUUUAUAAGAUAGGACAGCUGAAGAUAGAGAGGAAAUGUUGGGGGAGAGAGAGUGGGGGAUGACAUGCAACAAAGGACCAAGGUCGGAUUUGAACCCAGGGCCGAUGCGAUGAGAAGUAUCGCCUCAGUACAUUGGCUGUGCAACAUAACCACUAUCCAGCGCCCCAUAACCUCAUCUCUUUACCACCAGGAUUAUUCAAGCCAGCUGUCGGAGAAUGACUCGUCUUCUCGUUGGUUUCCACAUCAGAGAUCUGAAACGAGAGCGGGCAGAAAGUCUCCGCCUCACAGAGUCGUUCAUAAAGGUCCGGCUCUUCAUGAAGACGCAAAGUUCUCCUCCAUCACAGCGAGUCUGAGGUCUCCUUCUUCUUCUGUGGCAGAAAGGACCCUUCCUCAGGAACCAUUCAUCUCCCAAGUGCCAUUAAGAUUGCAGAUCAAAGUGUCUUGUCAGAGGGGGAGUUUGGGAUUCAGCAUUGCAGGUGGGAGGGGCUCUCUGCCUUACAAAGACAAUGAUGAGGGCAUCUUUAUUUCCAGAGUGAGUAAAGGUGGAGCAUCAGAAAAGGCGGGGGUCCAUGUUGGAGACAGAUUACUGGAGGUCAACGGCCUCGACAUGCAGGGGGCGACCCACCACCAGGCCGUCAGCGCCCUCAGGAACGCCGGGAGCUGCAUCCAGAUGAUAGUGCUCAGACAGAGGCUGCUUCCCCGGGAGGUGUACCACCCGGAUCAGCCUCCUCCUCCUCCACCUCCGGAUCCUCAGGACGUGACGGGGCGACAGCUGUGGGGCUGCACCGGAGGGGGCUGGGGAAGCAGACAGCAGGAGCAGAGCAUGGAAGACUGUUUGCCAAAGAGAAUUGAGGCGGUGGUCUGCAAUGGCAAUGGCAUUUCUGAUUUGGAGAGGGACCUGAGGAGGACCUUGUCUGAACUGGAGACAGUAACCAAGGCCAAAAAUAAUUCACUUCAAGCGGGGAAGCAUACAAUGACAAUCCCACGGAUCAUCCUCACUCAUCCCUCUACCUCAGAUGACGAUGUGGAUCUGUUGACACAGAGCACCAGAAGAGAGCUGCAGCAAGACAAUGAGACUCCUGACGGACGCUUUUUUGACAGUGCCUUCCACUCACCUUAACCUCAGCCUCAGGAAGGACACAGACUGUGAUUUCCCCCCCGUCUUCUGUUGGAGCAUCUUCAGUGAUGAUUCUGUGGAGGACUGAAUGUCAAUGUGUUUUUUACUGUCACUGCAAAGCUUCUUUUUUUUUUUUUGUCCGUCAGAUUGAAGUGCUGCUAAAAGAAUUUCUUAAUAUUAAAGAUAUUUGAAAGAUC